UAUGGCAUCAAUAUUUGGACCGGUUUCAGAUCGGUUUGGUUCAAUUUUUAAAAAUCGGUCGGUCUUUUAUUUUUGCUUCUUCAGUCCUUACUGGGCUUCUCUUGGUCUGCUCUAAUGGAGAGGGAGGACUCUUCGUCCUCCUCCGAGUUCGAGUUCUGGAUGGUGGGGAGUAACCCUUCCCCGGCCCUACUCACCGCCGAUGAGCUCUUCGUAGACGGGGUCCUCCUCCCGCUCCAGAAACUGUCUAUGGUUUCCAACCCCGGCCGUUCGGGCACUCCUGCCCCGCCUCCUGCGCCGCCUACUGCAGCCUCAUCCUCGUCCCCUCCUCCGGCCGCCACCACCCACCCUCGCCCCAAGAAAUGGCCGCCGAAGAAGGAAAGGCGAGGGGGCAGCUCCGGAGGCCCCGCGGAGCUCAACAUCAACCUCUGGCCCUUCCCCCGGAGCCGCUCCGCCGGCGUCGCCCGCUUUUCUUCCUCCUCGGCCUCCCCCGCAACCCGCCGCAAGGUCAGAAGCGCGCCUUGCUCCCGGAGCAACUCCCGCGGCGAGUCCUCCAAGGCGGCGGCGACGACCAAGUGGGCGCCCGUCUCGAGCAGGGUGGUGGCGGCGGCGUUCGUCGGAGGCAUCCACCUCGGGCGGACGAACCCGGUGUGGAAGAUACAAAAGAAGAUAGUCAACAACAACCAGCAACAAUCACCGCCGGCCGACUCCAACGCCGAAAGCGGCAAAGCUAAGAAAAGCGGCGGCGGUGGCGGCGGAGUUCGAGCGCUCAAUUUCCAGGUGAACACGUGCAUAGGUUGGCGAAACAAUAGAGACAGAAAUCGAGCCGCCGCCGCCGGCGGCGGCGGCUUCUUUAAGCUCCCGGCCAUGUUUUCUUUCCCGAGGACGUCAACUCCUCCUACCAAUUAACUGUCUUGGUUAGUAUGUAAAAAAAAUAUGAUAAAAAAAUUAUUCCCCCGGUCUCGUUACUCGUA